AUUUCUUAUCAUACAAAUUCUUUUCGGCAAGGGUAAAAAAAGAAGAAGAGGAAAAGCCCUUUAUACAUCUCCCCCCUCCUCCCUUCAAAUACGAAACAAAAUCUACCCUAGGGUUUUCUCUCCCCAGUUUCCUUCGCCUCAAAUCCUCUACAGCAAAGAUUCCAAUACCCACCUACCCAUCCAUCCAUCCAUCCAAUCACCACCAUGACCGGCAAAGCAAAGCCAAAGAAGCACACGGCGAAAGAAUUAGCUGCAAAGAUCGACGCAGCAACGACCAACAGGGGCGGCGGCAAGGCUGGCUUAGCUGAUAGGUCUGGUAUUGAAAAAGGUGGACAUGCGAAGCUUGAAUGCCCGCUUUGCAAAGUGACUGCACCUGAUAUCAAAUCUAUGAAGAUCCAUCAUGAUGCUAAACAUCCAAAGAUUGCUUUUGAUGAGACAAAACUCAGCAAUCUUCAUGCCACUGUUGUUGCUGAAUCAAGCACCAAACCUAAACCUGGUAUCCGUGGAAGUCUCAAGAAGUGAAUUGCUUUUUAGGGAUACAUAGUCUUGUGGUGGGCAUCAUAUGAAUAAUAUCGAACCCACUUCUAGUUUCUGGUGAUGUAAUCUUUAUCAUAUGUUUCUUGGCUUAUAUGGAAGUUAAUGCUACUGCACUUGCGCUUCUUCUGGGGUUGUUAUUAUUCUGGAUAUAAUUUGCUUUCAUAUAUAUUUUAUAUAUGUGAUUGUGAUUA